ACAGUACAUGUACAUGAAUUCAUUUAGUCACUCGAUGUCUAUGAAGUGAACACCUAAUUGUCUGAGGCUGCAGUACCUAAUUGGACCUUUGAGAGACUGAUUUCAUCAUCAUGAUUGACCUGCUAGGAGAUUCGAGCCUGGUACAGGUCAACGGUUUGACCAUCACAGUCACACUAGGUGUAGUGGCUAUCUCCCUGGCCCUUUGGACAAUGGUCAGACCUAGGAACUUCCCUCCUGGACCGAGAGGACUUCCUAUUGUUGGGAGCCUCUUCUCAUUGAACGACAACCUGGAGAAGAUUUUUACUGGCUGGAUCAAACAGUACGGUGAUAUUUUUGGUUUUAAGCUUGGUGAACACUGGAUGGUCGUCUUAAAUCAUCAAGAGAUCAUCAAAGAAGCUCUUCUCAAGCAAAGUGUCCAAUUUGCAGGUCGUCCAAGAUCCCCCUCAGCUGAGUGGAUGACUGACGGGUACAAAGACAUUGCUUUUGGAAUGUACGGCGAAACCUGGAAACUCCACCGUAAACUAGGUCACACAUCCUUGAGGCACUUUGCUACAGGGGAAGCUCUUCAGAAGCUACUCUCAACCACCUUUCCCAAGCUUGAAGUUGAGGUUGCCAAGACAGCAGGCAAGCCAGUGGACCCUAAGAACAUAAUCUCGCUGCUCUUGAACAACGUCCUUUCUGAGAUGUGCUUCGGAAAAAGGUUUGAGAUGCAUGACCCUAAAGUCCUGGAGUUUAUAAAGCUGAAUGACGAGAUGAACGCAGAGAUAGGCAUGGGGUUCCCUGAGGAUGUAUUCUCCAUUCUGCAAUAUGUCCCUUACAAAAAGCGUGAUAUCAUCCGUGGAUUUAUGAACAAAAUUAAGGAGUUAGUCAUCGAGCAGAUAGGAGAUCAUAAAGAGACACAUACACAAGGUGAAGUGACCGAUAUCUAUCAUCUGUUACUAGAUGCACAAGAGAAAGCUAUGGCAGAGGAUAGCAACAUGGAGAAACUAAGUGAUGAACAUCUCCUCUGGACUAUUAUGGAUAUUUUCAGUGCUGGUAUCCAAACCUCAACAGAUACUCUCUACUGGGCAUUGGCAUUAAUGACCGAACACCCUGAGAUCGCAGACCGGGUCAGGAAGGAAAUUGACGAUGUGAUCGGAGGCGACCGCAUCCCCGUCAUCGAAGAUCGCGGGAGCCUGCCAUACGCCGAAGCCACGCUAUAUGAGGUGUUGCGUUAUUCUUCCAUAGCACCUAUCCUUCUUCCUCAUGCCACUACGUGUGAUACUACCUUGAGGGGUCAUGCCAUCCCUAAAGGUACUACGGUCAUGAUGAAUGUUUACUCCAUGCACUUUGAUCCUCGAGAGUGGAAAGAUCCAGAGAACUUCUGCCCAGAGCAUUUCCUUGCUGAAAAUGGCAAAGUGCGUGAUCAUCCUCCCAGCUUCCUUCCAUUUGGAGCUGGCCGUAGAGUCUGUCUGGGUGAAGCCGUGGCCAAGGCUGAUCUCUUCCUUAUCUUCACCUGGUUCAUGCAGAACUACACCUUCAGCAAGGUUCCUGGCAAGGAAAGUGAGAGUCUGACCAACAUGAUCCCCAUGUCUGCUGCAGGGAGGCUUCUGGUACCCUACGAGAUCAUGAUCAACAAGCGAGAGUAGACACCAGGGGUGUUGCACAAAGCUUGUCAUCAGUGACAAAUGACAGUUUUUGUUAUAAGCUACUGAAAUCCUUGCUUCUGAUUGGUUAUCAGCAGGUUUGUCACUGAUUUUUGUCACUUGUCAUUGAAAAAGAGCUUUGUGAAACAGGUCCCAGGACGCAUAAUUGGUUGGACGUUGCAUGCUCUGCAGAUAAUUAACCAUAUGAAAAUUUACCCUAAACUAAAUAUAGCACUGCUUUUUGAUGCAUAAUCAUUAAUUCCAGCUUCUAUGGUAGUCUUUUAUUCAUCAUCUAGAGCACCUGAAAAAUUAAGAAUCGAAGAGUAAAUGGUUUUCAUGAGAUUUUGUCUUUGUGUGUGUGUGUGCAUGGGCUUUGUUGUUGUUGUUGUUUGUUUGUGCUGCCAAGUGAUUGAUGGAAAUUAGAUGAGCCUUUCUGUUGAUACUUUUGGAAAUGUCCCAGUUUACCAUUAAACAAGCUAAGGCAAUUGAAAAGUGAAGAAUUAAUAAGUAUUGUUUCCAGAAUUUACUUCAUCUAUAUGUCGUCAAGUGAUGGUAAAACACAACUACUUGUUAAAAUUCUUUUGAAACACUGGAAAAAUACAUAAGUCAUGCAUAAACCAAGUAGGCAAUUUCUUUUGAACCGUGCUAAAUUUUAUUUGAGAUGUAAAGGUAAAAUACUUUGUACUGUUGGCAGUAUACCAUUGUAUAAGCAGUGUCUCCUAUUUUUUAAGAAUACCCUCCCUAUUCUAACCCAGCUGUUUACACAAUGGAUCAGAAUUCACUGCACUGUUUAUACUUUAGACUAUAAGCUAGCCCUGAACAAACUACACUCCCCGAUUUAGAGCUGACACAUGGUAAUCCAUGCUAAAUUCAUCUUCUAAUUAUUACCUGUAAAGCAACCUACAUGUAUAAAAUGUAUUGCUUAAUGCUAAUGCAUUCAUAUCAAGAAAAUGAGAGAAUACUUACAGUGUAGUUCAUAUAGAUUUAUUUAAAAAAAAGAAUUGUAUCC